GCUUCCGAAGUCAAGUUCUCUCGGUCAUUCGGACAACUCAAGAAGCGAAAAUGGUCAACGGCAAACUCGCUCUGGCGGCGGCGGUGCUGGGGGCGCUGCAGCUCAGCCUCUGCCUCGCGGCGCCCGGCCCCUGGAAGGCGCCCGUGGUGCACUCUGUGGGCGUGGUCCCGACUGUGCAUGCCGUGGGCGUCGUAGCAGCGCCUGUGGCUCGACCCGUGGGCGUGGCUUACGUGGGCGGCUUCGACCACGACGACGAUGGCUUCGGCGACGACGUCGACGUCGGCGCGCGUCCGCCACGGCACGGCUUCCUCCGCAGGCGCGCGACGACAGCGACCCUGGCGAACGGCUUUCCUCAGCUUCAGAAAUGA